CUUUUUCUUUCCAAACAGGGAAAAGUGUUUCCAUGCGAAGAGAGCUUCUCUGUCACAAUUUCUCCUCUGGGGAAGAGUAUAAUCCCUGAUCUCUCUCCUCCCACUCCUGCCCGAAAGGAGAAGGGUGCGCUCCAGGCCCCUCCCCGGGGGCUGCGGAGUCAGAGGAGGCAAAGGCAGAAGAGAAGUCUUCUCUGUCUGUCUGACGUGCCUGGAGCUAGGGGAGCAACAGAGGGGAAAAGUGUCCAGUCCUGGAAACGGAAUGUCUUUCCUGUCCAUUCUCUUCCUCGUUUCCUGUUAUGUUGGAACAUGGGGGACUCAUAUGGAAAUCAAAAAAGUGGCCGAGGAGAAGGUCACUUUGCCUUGUCAUCAUCAGCUGGGGCUCCCAGAAAGAGAUACCUUGGAUAUCGAGUGGCUGCUAAUGGAACCUGAUGGGAAUCAAAAAGUGGUGAUCACCUACUCCAGCCGCCAGGUCUAUAAUAAUUUGACUGAAGAGCAGAAGGGACGUGUAGCCUUUGCUUCCAACUUCCUGGCAGGAGAUGCCUCCCUGCAGAUUGAGCCCCUGAAGCCUAGUGAUGAGGGCCAAUACAUCUGCAAAGUGAAGAAUUCAGGGCGCUACCAGUGGAACCGUGUCAACUUGAAAGUCCUGGUGAAACCAUCGAAACCUAAAUGUGAGCUAGAAGGAGUGCUGACUGAGGGAGGGGACCUGACCUUGCAGUGUGAGUCAUCUUCAGGCACAAAGCCUAUUGUGUACCACUGGCAGCGCAUCAAGGAAAAGGAGGGAGAAGAUGAACACCUGCCCCCGAAAUCACGGGUUGACUAUGAAAACCCUGGGCGUGUGUUGCUGCAGAAUCUCACUUUAUCUUCCUCUGGACUGUAUCAAUGCACAGCCGGCAAUGAGGCGGGGAAAGAAAGCUGUGUGGUUCGAGUGACUGUGCAGUAUGUACAAAGCAUUGGCAUGAUUGCGGGUGCAGUGACGGGCAUGGUGGCUGGAGCCCUACUGAUUUUCCUCUUGAUAUGGUUGCUCAUCCGAAGAAAAGACAAGAAAAGAUAUGAAGAAGAAGAGAGACCCAAUGAAAUCAGAGAAGAUGCUGAGGCACCUAAAGCUCGACUUGUGAAACCUGGCUCCUCAUCCUCGGGUUCCAGGAGUUCCCAUUCUGGCUCUUCCUCCACCCGCUCCACAGCCAAUAGUGCCUCCCGAAGUCAGAGGACACUAUCCAGCGAGGCUGCAGCCCAGCCAGGGGCAGCCUCCCACCCCUACAGCUUGGUGGGGUCAGAAGCAAGAGGCCCAGAGCCAAAGAAAGUCCAUCAUGCCACCCUAUCCAAAGCAGGGACCAUACCCAGCACAGUCCCCAAUCAGAGCAGAGCCUUCCAAACUGUCUGAGUUGAGAUGGACCCUCCUCCCAUAUACUUUCCUGAUGAUCAGAGUCUUGGGAUACUCCUGGUUACUUGGACCUCAGUCACCAGCCACCCAAUCCCUUCAGGACAGGGAGAGAGGUCAUUGAGAUGACUACAAACAUUGCAAAGGACGUGCCCAUCUGAGUUCUUUGUUUCAACAGGGCACCAAAUAAGGAUGAUAUGUGAACUAAGUAAUCUACAAAGAGGCAUUUCAUUAUGAUUUAAGACUGGAAUGGGCAGGAGAAGCUCAUUCCUACCUAUCUCUUAGCCAGGAUACCUGGAGAGGGAUGAGCAUGCUAGAGUCUAUUUGGCAUCACUGCUCUGAUUUACUAUUUCCAAUAAGAAAUAGGGUUUUGCUCAUGAUUUCCUAUGCACCUGUACAGACACCUGUUGAGUUACUACGUUUAUGCAAAUAUGCAAGCAGGGCCCACAAAGAUGUGGAUUAUUCAGAUGUUCACUUACCUGCCCAGUCUAGUUGGUUCACCACUUCUGAGAACACUGAAACACAGAACCCUGACUCUCAUCCUGGUUUUAGUUCACUUGUGGGAAGGCUUGCUCCUCAGUUUUAAGGGGGAAUUGAAGAGGUCCAAGAAAAAUAUGAAGCAAAGGAUUCUUUCUAUAUUCCACUUGCCUGGAAUCCUCCUACUUAAUGGCAAAGUUCUGUAAACAAACAAACAAACUGAAAACUUCUCCAGGGACUUGCUAAAGGUAUUAGUGUUUUGCUCAGGGGAUUUCUGAGAAAAUCAAGAACAUACAUGUAGGGCAAUCUUGCCUUUUCUUUCUUUUCUGUCUACCAGGAUUUUUGCUUUGGGGAUCUAUGUAGGAAAAGAAUGUUCAUUACAUGUUCUAAAAUAGUAUUAAGAAAGUGGUCUUCAAGAGAGAAGGGAUUCUUAGUGGAUAAUUCACAUUUAUAGAGUGCUUUACAGUUUGGAAUAUACCCCACCUCUCCCAAACACAUGAAUAGUGCAAAUAUUCUUAUCCUUGUAUUUCAGAUUAGUAAACUGAGGUUCAGAGGGGCUCAAUGAAUUAUUUAUAGCUACCUACCACUUGAACCCAGUUCUUCCAGCUCUUUGUUUAGUGCCCACUUCACAUGCUGCCUCUUCACACCAUGCUGCCUCUGAAUGCUACAGAUGUCCCCUGAAGUACCACCCUUGUCUUCUCUUCCUGAGACCACAAGCAACUCACAUUUCCAUACCAAAUGAACAGAAAGAGGACUGUCUUUUUCACAUUUGUUUCUAAGGAGUGCUAAAAAGAUUCUAAGAAGUUCUGUCUCCACUUGGGGAAUUCUGCCUCCUACUUUUUCCAUAACAGCUGUGGCUCUAGAAACCUUGGGGAUUCUUGGGCUUUGAAUGAUCCUACAGACCAGGCUUGACAGUCUUUCUGAUGGUAAAUAUUAAGUACUCCCCUUUCUUGGGAGAGUGAGGAGGAAGGAAACUAGUUUCUAUUAUGCUCUUUCACUGGCUAAGCAUGGUGAAUAUAGAUACAAGCAAAAAGAAAGAUAAUUCCUGCCCUCUAGGAGCUUAUGUUCCUAGGGGGAUAGAAUACAACAUAAAGGGGGGGGGCAUGUAUCUGGCCACUGAAGUAGACAGGGCCAAGAAGGUGGUGGUAAGCAGGUGGUUUGGCCAAUAAGAGAGCACCUGUCCAACUCUUAGACCAUCAGCAGAGAUCAGUGCUCCUCUAGCCCUCGAGGCUAGAGGUAACUGUGCAACACAAAACCAAAGUUGGGAAAGUAUUUUGUGGUGGGAGCACUGGCUGGCCAAGUAUUGGUCAGGCUUGAUUUUCUCUCACUUAGCUCAUAGGUUAAGCCCUUGGCAGCUAACCACUUAUCUGUUAGCAUCUUAAUGGGGAAAGGGAAGAAUCCAGUAGGAAUUGUGAAUAAAAGGCAGAGGUGGGCCUGGGGUGGGGGGGUGCUACCAAAUCAAAUUUCUUUCAUACUUCAUAGUUUUAUCUAUAUUGUUUCAAAAAUCAUCUCUUCUACUUAUGGCAUGAUGACUCUCCUUUUAAGUAGAUUCAAUUUCCCCUUCUAGAGCUGGUGACACUAUACACCCCCUCCCCCCUGCCCCAACAGACAUACAGUCCACUCACAUUUCACUGUCUUCUGAGGUGUCCUUGAGAAUAAUUAGUGAAGUAGAACACAAGGGCAGAAUCCUAGGAGAGAAAAGGUAAAGCUAAAGAUGGAAAUCUGUAUAUGUAUAGCUUCUCAAAUGAGGGUCUGGGUAUUAAAUAUUCUAAUGGAGACAAUAGUUUGAUUAGCAAGUACUUAGCAAGGUUACUGUCCCAUCAGUCUGGUUUUCCAUUCAUCACACAAUAUUAUAUUCAAGCAUUACACCCUUAUUGGCUCUAUAUAAAACAAAGCAAAAAAAAAAAGUAGAGAUAUGGGAGCAAGGCAUUACUCUGUGGAAUCUGCCUUGGAACUUGUCCAGUAACAUCUUCAACUGAGUUAAAGUUAUAUUGGAAUUCACAGGCCUUCCAGAUUUCCAUGGAGGCCUCCUUUAUAUCUUCAGUAAUUUGCUAUUUCAAAUUUUGAUUAGUGUUCCAGAUUUCCUUACCAUCUCAGUUUCCUGCCUAUGCUUUCAUCAGUUUGUCCUCUUUGGAUGAAGAGAAACAAGUUUGGCUCUUUUGAAGAGCCUAGUUAUCAGAAGACUAAAAUCCCUAUCCAAUGCUCAAAUUAUUUUGGAACUUUUCACCAUGGAAAUAUACAACACAUUCAUAAUACAGAUUGUUUGCCUGGAAGUAAGAAUUAGAAAGGAAAGCUGCUGGGGUAUUUAUUUAGAGAAGCUUUACCUGAUACUCGGGAGGUCUGAAGAUAAAGGCAGAUCUAUUGCUGUUCCAACCUGUAUUCCAUCAACCAUUGAUUCUUUAACAAAGGACCAAAAACCCCCCAAAUUUGGAAGAAACUUUGUGCAUGAAGGACUAUUUGAUUUGCAAAAAAAGGAUACAAAUGGAAUGUUGAUAAUGUUUAGAAAGAAACCAUUUUAAUAAAAUCUAUAGACCAAACAAUUUUAUAUAUUAAUGUAUUUAAGACAAUGUUACACUGUAUAUAAACUUUUGAAGUAGAGUUGCUGUAUGUAUUUUUUUUUCACUUCUGUUGCUAAACUGAAUUUUUUCCUCUCUUAACUGAUAGAAUUUAGUGUGUCUGGGACUGUAUUUGAGCAACAUGGAAGCCAAAUAUUUAUUUGAUUCUUUUGAAUCAAUAGCUUUUAAUAAAAUAAAGGUGAUACAGUAGGA